AACUCUGAUUUCCCUUUCUCAGUUAGGAACGCUACUGCCACAACAAUUGCCUCCCAACAAACCACGUCCAGCCAGCACCCAUCCACCACGGCUACACCACCGCAGAACUCCACGACUGCCUCCCAACAAACCGCGUCCAGCCAGCACCCAUCCACUAUGGCUUCACCAUCGCAGAACUCCACGACUGCCUCCGGAAACACCUCCCUUUCCACUGCUCCCACUGACAACACCACUGCAUCCACGCUGAACAGAACAACAGCAGCAGCUCCAGCCUCGUCCAGAAACCCAGAAUCUGCUUCCAGCCCUCCCCUGUCCCCGGCCAGCCCCAGUCCCACCAACACCUCAGCUACUCCUGCUGCCAACUCCAGUGAGACGCACUCGACUGAGCAGCCGGGGCCCAACAACGGCACAACAGCCAGUGGCUCAGCGGUGUCCUCCCUGAACAAGCCCGCGCUGUCCCAGAGCCCCGGUCUGGUGGCCGUGAUCUGCAUCUUCGUGGCCUGCCUGCUCAUUGCUGCUGGGGUGGUGGUGGUGAAGCUCUGCCACAGGAGGGAGCCGGCGUUCGAGAAGCUGGACGAGGUGCCAAUGGGGAAGAUGACCGAAGACUCGCCCUUCGCUCGCUACCCUCCAAAAUAACCGGCGCCUCCCCCCGGCGGGAGCUGAGCCCAGCCUUGUGCGGGGGGGGGGAAUCUGCACAUCUGUCUUGGCCAGGCUGCAGCAGCAGGGCGCCUCCAGCUCCUCCCGGCCCGGUUAAAGCCCCCGUACUGCUCAGGGACGCCGCGUGAAUAAAGAGGCUGCUGGUUCUGCUCA